AUGUAUGGGCUUCGCCCGAAGCCACUUGCUAUUUUCUUUGAUUGCGACGAUUGCCUGUACUUCGACGGAUGGAAAACUGCUAAGUUGCUCACAGCCAAGAUUGAUGAAUGGUGCGUCAACCAUGGGUUGCGUCCUGGACAAGCCUAUGAGUUGUACUUACAAUAUGGAACAGCCUUACGCGGGCUCUUAGCGGAGGGUUACUUGGAAAAAACAGAUGAGGCUAUUGACAGCUUUCUGCAAAGUGUUCACGACCUUCCAAUAGCAGAGCUUAUUCCAAGAGAUGAUGCUCUCCGAGAGAUUAUGAGUGCUUUGGAUCCUUCAAUUCCGAAGUACAUUUUCACAGCGAGUGUGAGUGAUCAUGCAAGACGUUGUAUUGCUGCAUUGGGAAUUGAGGAUUUUUUUCUCGAUAUUAUCGACUGCAAAGUAUGCGGGCUGGAAACUAAGCACAGUCGCCACUCAUUCGAGAUCGCAAUGAAAAUUGCAGGAGUCUCGGAUCCAGAGCGUUGUCUAUUUCUAGACGAUAGUUUGACCAAUCUUAGAACAGCUCGGGAAAUUGGCUGGCGA